AUGUCUAGGAUAACUUUAAUGAAAAUUAUCGUUCUAUUUACGAUAUUAUGUGCACUACCAUGCUAUUCGAUAGAUUAUCCUCAAUAUCCUGCCGAUGAAAUACCAAAUCUAUCUCUAACUCCUCCCUUAACGAAUUUUGUAUUGCCAUUUCCUUCAGUACCAUAUAAUAAUUAUAAUGUUUCAUCGUUCGUAGAACCAAGCAGCGGUCUUCAUGUAUUCAGUGCAACAAGUUAUCCGAAUGGACCGAUAAUCCUACGACUAGUUCGUAGUGGUGCAGAUAACUGUUCUGAGCCUUACUUGUAUCUAAGAUUAAUAUAUCCAAAUGAAAAGAUCCUCAACAUUGAUACAAAUAACUCUAAUAUAACCGCGAUUCCUACUUUUAAUUUUUGUCCAAUUUCAACCAAUCCACCACGUGACUUGAUUCGUAUUUUUCCCUUGUCAUAUAAUCAUACUAUGAUCGCGUUUUUACAAAUUAAUAAUGGGACUGGUCCGGAAACUCAUGAGGAAAUUGGAAAGUUUAUUGAUUGGGAAGGGAAUGUUAUUCAAGAAUUGAGCCUUGGAUUUAUCAAUUUUACUACAAACGAUGCAUCAUCAUUGGGUACAUUAGUGGUCGAUUCUUCCCUGAGAUAUGGAUUUAUAUGGGUUAACCGUGUGUCUCAAAAUGCAUCUAUAAGAUGGCGAAAAUAUUCUAUUACAGACCAACGUAAUGUCAGCAUUGCAAGUAAUAGCAGCUUUCCUAUAGUUCCAACGCAUCAAUACAAAAUAAUUGCAACGAUCGAUGGUGGAUAUUGUUUCGUCAUGACGGGACCUUCAGUCAAUAGUAAUACAUUCUUUAUCGACGCUUAUUGGAUGGCUAGUGUAGUAUUUAUUCGUCCAUCUCCAUCAUAUUAUACGACACAGCCCUCAUUAAUAUAUCAAUACAUGUCACAAGCAAUUUCAAUGAAUAUUGAGACAUGUGAUAAUACAUAUUAUGAACCUGGGUUAGCUUGUGUUUUUAGCAUUAAAAGUAACAUUUCAAAUACGCCUACACGUUACGUUAGAGUAGCAUUCUACUCAAGUGGGGGUGUAAAAAACGCAACGACAUUGAGCAUCACUGAUACUACUUUUAAUAUUGAUACGAUGUACCAAUUAUGGAGUGGUGGAUAUCUUUUAGUUGUUCGUUGGCAACCUAAUAUUAAUAACACUUUCACUGGUUAUAUUUAUGAUCUCCAAGGAAAUUAUUUUAACAUAUGGGAUUCACCUUCAUUGCCUGGGAAUCUUGUGAUCCCAAAUGGAGUAUUUACUAAUAAUACUGUUUGGAUGUUUUCGGAUGUAAAUUCUGCAACACCAAAUACAAGCAAUUGGACAUUAACGACAACUGUUGCAAAAAAAUUUGUUACUCUCGAUCAUGUUCCUGAAAAUUUAGAUAUCAACAUAACAUUCCCAAAUAUAACUGAAGCUUAUUCGGACACGGAACUAGCGAUCAACAUGACAUUUUAUAGUCAAAUUGCAUUAUCAGUAAACAAUAUUACAAUAUAUCAAGAUAGUGGCAAAGAUUUGAUACCAAGAUUAUAUUAUAAUGCACAGAACAACAGUAAUAAAUUUAAUAUUUCAUCAGAUUUUAAGGUGAUUUCGAUAACGAUUCUGAGUAGUACAUUUGCUUCUCCACAAAGUCAAUAUUAUAUUGUUAUGGAUAAUAAUUUUCUUAAAGAUUAUAUAUCUAAUGAACCUUUGCCAGGUGCUAACUGGAGUUUUACAACAGGAGCAAAACCAGAACAAGACCUUGGGGGUGCGGAAUACGCAUUGGCCCGUUUAAACACGAAUGAGUCAUUUAAAUUCAAUAACCUUUCGAAAAGCGGCAGAUCAGAUUAUCUCAAAAAUUUAGCAAAGGAACUUUCACAUUUAGUUCCAAUAGAUCCCUCAAAUUUAGUAGCGGUUAAUCAAUUUCAAUGGGAUAAAGAUGCUAAUAAUUUACAGAUUUUAUUAAAAUUUCAAAUAUUACCGGGAAACGAUAGCGUGAAUGAUCUUACCGUACUGAAAGUUAUUGAAACGUUGGACGAUUUGAUAACAAACAGAGAUGUUACAUGGAUAUCUAAUUCAAAUUUGAGCAGUAAUUUGGAUAGUCAAUACGGAUUUAUGCAUAAAAUAGUACCAUUAGGAUUCAACAUAAUAAUAUCAUUUUUCCUAUUAAUCCAUGAACUUUCACAAGAUACAGAAUUCUAUGAAUGGUUUAGAACAUAUCACAACGUAGCGGCUAUAUCUACGCUCUGUUCUGGGAUAGAUAUUAAUAUAUUGACAUUAAUAACAUCGAAAUUAGCAAAUAGUCCAUUGUUUAAAGCACCAUUAUCUCAAUCAAGUAAAGAUUGGAUAUCUCGUGUUAGCUGUACUAAUUUUUUUAUUGAAGAUGCACCUCAGUUGGUUAUCCAGAUAUAUUAUAUAAUAUGGUCAGUCAAUUAUGACAUAAUACCUUUUAUAAGUCUAGUGACAUCCGCGUUACUUUUCAGUUGUAUAGUUAUUGGUAGAAUAUACAAAUGUUUAAACCGUAAAGAAACACCUAAUUAUUCCACCAUAGAAACAUCAUUUCAUGACCAUCAUGACGAAUCAUCAUCGAAGUACAGCCACGAAUCUAUUGAAUAUAUCCAAUCGUCACCUAAUGUUGUUCCUGAGACAAGGGUAAGCCCACCAGGUCAUGUGUGGAUACCAAAUUUCGCAAAUCAUGGUAUCCCAAGAACUCAUUCUGAAAGAAUUAAUUUACCGUUAGCUCCGUUGGGCAGACAUAAUAAAGUUAGUGCUAUGCCAAUUGAAAAACCACAAAUUAUCACAACUAACGAAAAUAUAGAAAACAUAGAAAGUAUAAGUGGUACACCAGGAAUUACGAUAACGCAUAUUGAUGGAGAAAGAAACGGAGGAGAAUUUGAAGAUGGUAAUGUCAAUAGUAAAAGUUAUAAAUAUAAUAAUGGAAAUUAUGGACUAUUGAAUUAUAAAGCAGCGGAUAGUAACGACGAAGAGUUUGAGCAAGAAGACCUUGAUAUAAGACAUAAAUAUCAUAAUAAUUCACGUUACAACCAAUUGAGUAAUAAUGCAAUGGAUAGUUGA